UAACUUUUCAUUUUACGAUGGACGAUGAGACUGAGAGCCCUGUGAAGCUGAAGCUGAAGCGGACGCGGAAGUCGAAGAGGGAAAAACAAACGAAGUCCGGCAGAUUAGAAUAUCAAAAAAGGUACAGACAGGAAAAUGCUAUUAAGUUGAGAGACAGACGUCGACUGGAUGUACAGAAAGAAACUUUUGACCAAUGGGGCAGUCUUCGGGAAGCGCUUUCCCUUACUACUAAUGACGAGGUAGCUGUUCUACUGCUGACAACGUAUGAACAUCACAAGGAAUGUUCCCUGAAAAUACAACAGAUUGGAGUGGGAUUAGCUGGAUCAGAGAGGAGUUACAGAAAGAAGCAGAAAUUAGUGACACCAGAGUAUGCAAAAGAUGAAGAUUACGCUGAAGAUAUGAAAGAAGAGACAUCAUUUGAGGAGUUCUCUAUUCCUCCUCUCUUUCCAUCACGUCUUCCAUUGAAUGACGAGGAAGAAGAGGAUGAAGAUGAACCAAAUCCUGACUUGGAACUGAAGAGUGAUGAAGAUUCGCUUACACGUCCUACGGGUGUCAGUCUGUUAACGGACAUUACCUCACAAUGCAGAAGAUUACAGGAGAUGGAUUAUGAAAUUGGACCAUACUGCCGAGAAGCAGGAAUAUCUGAAGCAGAUAUUAUGUCAAAUCUCCAGAACGUAUCAUCACUGCCAACGGUCAAGAAUGGACUUGUGCUUGAAAUCUAUGAUUAUUUCAAUACAAUGCAGAUGUGUAAUCCCAAACGUUUGGUUGAAACUUUGAAAAGACUUGCAGACUGCCCACAAGCUAGUGAUUGGAGUAUUGGUGCAUUCAUAGAGAGGCUAGUGGAAAGAAGAGACAAUAUGCAACCAAGAAACAAAGAGGAAGAAAAGGACCUAAGAUUUUUGCAAGAGGAAAAAUUCCAACUUACUAGAAAGAGGACAUAUGUAAAGCAACAUGAAACACGUAGGGACAGUAGGGAGAGAGGAGUGGACAGAAGUUUGCGAUUGUUACGAAAGGAUAUGGCACUGGCAAAGAAGCAGAGAGCAAAAUCAUGGAAAUACCUUGAUAGAUUGGAAAUACAUAUGCAACAUUCAAGACAAGAGAAUGCUGCUCUUUCAGAGAAAGUUAAAGAACUCAUCACAGAGAAUAGACACCUAAGAGCAAUGGUUUCUCAUUUGGAAGAACAGUGUCAGCCAUUGGAGAAAACACAAAAUAUGGAGAGAAAAACGUAAACUGUACCGAAUAUUGGAGUAGAUUUCCCAAGAUCUUGAGAAAACAUGAGCAACUUAAAGUUUAAAAGCAAAGAUAUAGAUGCAGCACAAUCAGUAUUGACAAGAUGAAUAUUUAUAAAAGUCAAUUGUGAUACAGAUGUUUUCAUAGAAAUUAAAAAUAUUUUAAUCAUGAACUUUUUAACACACAUGAAAAUGAGCUGUAAAUAAUAUAAUAUGGAAAGACCCAACUGCUUAAAAUCUGAGUAUAUGUUGACCAAUGUAAACAUAACUGUAAUUAUGAUCAGUUUUGGUCGUGUUUAAACGGAAUCAACAAAGACAUUUUCAUAUUGUUAGAAGACAUUGAAUCAUACCCGUAAAACUUUAUGAAACCCUGUAUUAUAUAUUUCCAAUGGUACUAGUACACCAUCAAAAACCAUAAAAGACAAAGAAGGAAAAAAGUGAUUUUAAUUCAAAGCUCUGACAGAACGAAGUCAGAGUUAGGUUCUGUACAUGCCUACCUUCAUGUGAGUGUAUCCACUAGUCUACUUGCUUGUCACUUAUAAUUUUACCUUAUUUUAGAAUGCAAUUCUUGGUUUGACUAUGUUCACAUUUCUUAAAUUAAAAAUAAAGUUAAGUUUUGACUUCUGAGCAUCCUGUCCAAAUACAUUGUGAUAGAAAGUUAGAAGCUGUCUGGACUUGAAGGAAUUGGAAAAGGCUGAUUUUUAUACUGUGAAGUUUUGAAUCAUAAAAAUUAUAAGAAAUUGACUCAGUCUUGCUAAGACUUGAGAGCACUCCACACAUUAUACACAUAUGGCAUACCGUAAGACUUUGGUCCAAACAUUUCAGCUAUUUUUUGUCACAUUUCGAAUAUGACAGCAUUCAAAGAGUAUUCGAUUUCAGCUAUGGUGCAUUUCUAUCAUGAUAUUCUUCACUAUCAGAAAGAUAUUGAAGAGGCUCAUAACCUUUUUUUCUUCACCUUUACCAGAACUCCACCUUGUAUUUGGAUGGAAGAGGGCAAUGUUAAAUGCAAUGCAUGGAUACAAAAUAUAGUUUUUAACAUAUGGAUUAUACCAAGACUAAAUAUCUUGAAUUCACAAUGAUA